AUGAGCGCCAAAAAUGUUCAAGCCCGUAUGAUUAUCGACUCCCGUGGUAACCCCACGCUGGAAGUUGACGUGAUUACUGCCAAAGGCACUUUCCGUGCAGGUGUCCCUUCGGGCGCCUCGACGGGUGUGCACGAGGCUUGCGAACUUCGCGACGGCGACAAGUCCAAGUGGAUGGGCAAAGGCGUUUCCAAAGCAAUUGAGAACGUCAACAAGGUGCUCGGCCCUGAGCUUGUGCGCUCGGGGAUCUCGGUCGCCAAACAGUCCGACGUGGACUCGCUGCUCAAGAAGCUCGACGGCACUCCCAACAAGAGCAAGCUUGGCGCGAACGCAAUUCUCGGUGUCUCGAUCGCCGCUGCCAAGGCCGGCGCUGCCGAGCUCGGUGUUCCGCUCUACGCACAUCUUGCGAGCCUCUCUGGAGCCAAAAAGCCCUACGUGCUUCCCGCCCCCGCCAUGAACGUAAUCAACGGUGGCUCUCAUGCCGGCAACGCUUUGGCCUUCCAGGAGUUUAUGAUUGUCCCCACCGGCGCCAAGAGCUUUACCGAGGCGAUGCAGAUGGGCACCGAGGUGUACCACAACCUGAAGACGGUCAUCAAGGCCAAGUACGGCAUUGACGCGACCAACGUCGGCGACGAGGGUGGCUUUGCCCCCAACGUCCACUCUGCCGACGAGGCGCUUGACGUGCUUAUGGAAGCAAUCAAGAAGGCUGGCUACGAGGGCAAGGUCAACAUCUCGCUCGACGUUGCCAGCUCUGAGUUCUACAAGGACGGAAAGUACGACCUUGACUUUAAGAACCCCAACUCGGACAGCAGCAAGUGGAUCACUGGCAAGCAGCUCGCUGAGAUCUACAUGGGCUACAUCAAGAAGUACCCAAUCAUCUCCAUCGAGGAUCCCUUUGACCAGGACGACUGGGAGGCUUGGGCACACCUCCGUGCCUCGGCGCCGGUCACCAUCAUUGGCGACGACUUGACCGUGACGAACCCCGAGCGCAUCAAGACGGCGGUGCAGAAGAAGGCCUGCAACGGUCUUUUGCUCAAAAUCAACCAGAUCGGUACUAUUUCCGAGUCGAUUGAGGCUUGCCAGCUUGCCCAGUCGGACAACUGGGCCGUCAUGGUCUCGCACCGCUCUGGCGAGACGGAAGACACCACGAUUGCCGAUGUUGCCGUGGGCAUCAACGCCGGUAUCAUCAAGUCGGGUGCGCCGGCACGCUCCGAGCGUGUGUCCAAGUACAAUGCUUUGCUGCGUAUUGAGAGCCAGGAGCCCGAUGCUGUAUAUGCCGGCAUUGACGGCUUCACCCACGGCAGCGAAGCUCCCAAGGUGAUUCGUAAGUAA